UGGCUGCAAUAAAAACACUCCAUCAGAUAGCGUGAGCGUUAUAAAACGUUUCGGACUUCAAAGGGUAGAUACUGUACUACUGCCGAGAAUUAAGUAUGGAUUUCAAAGGGGUUUUGGUGAAUAUCUUCGGCCAAAAUCGGCAAAUAGUAUUAUGUGCUGCAGGCACAGCAGUUGCUCUGAUAGGACUCGGUGUUGUAUAUAAAUAUACGCGUCCAGAGAAAAAGUUUAGUCGUGUGGGAGUUGUUUCCCAGCUGCUGGUUUAUCCUAUGAAGUCUGGGAAAGUGGUGUCGGUGGAGACGGCCGAAUGUCUACGAAUGGGGCUGAAAUAUGGCGAACUGCGGGAUCGUCACUGGCUGGUCAUCACGGAGGACGGACACAUGGUGACGGGCAGACAGCAGCCUCGUCUGGUUUUGGUGACAUUGAGCUGUGAAGGUGGACAGCUGUGUCUCAAUGGACCCGAGAUGGAGGAAUUAAGGGUUCCUCUUAACCAGCCCAAUAAUCCAGUUGUGCCCUGCAGAGUCUUUAGUAGAGACGUUGAGGGCAGAGACUGUGGGGACGAUGUGUCUAACUGGCUUACACGAUACCUGGAAUCUGACAAGACUGUUCGUCUGGUGCAUUUUGAACCCCAUCUAAAGCCCCAAAAGCCUUUUGAGAAAGAUCCCCUCUUUCCUAAGGAUGAAAAGGUAGCCUAUCCUGAUGCUGCUCCCAUCAUGCUAAUGUCAGAGUCCUCUGUUAGGGACCUGAAUACCCGAUUGGAUAAGGAUGUUACUAUCUAUCAAUUUCGUCCCAGUAUUGUUGUCAGUGACUGUGAGGCCUUCACAGAGGACACAUGGGAUCAUAUUCAGAUUGGCAAAGUGGAGCUAAAGAGAGUUGUUGGCUGUGGAAGAUGCGUUCUUACCACUGUUGACCCUGAGACUGGAGUCAUCACCAGGAAAGAACCACUGGAUACUCUCAAAACAUAUCGACUGACUGACCCUAAUCAGAAAACUGCACCAAUAUUGGGACAGUACUACACUGUCAAGAAAACGGGUGUCCUACAUGUGGGUGAAACUGUUUAUAAGAUCAGCUAUUGAAAUGACCGGACAGGAUAGAAUGCAGAACCUUAUAAUAAAAUCUAGUGACUGACUUGCAAGGAGAAAUGCCAUUUGCUUACACACAAUAAUAAAAAAAAAAGUUAGACAAAAUCAGUAUACUUCUUAUAAAUUUUCCUUGAAUAAGAAAUAUAAAGUAAUAUAGAGUGAUUGAGAGAGAGAGAUUGUUUUGUAAAAAAGUCCUAUGUUUUAGCUAGAUCAAAUGUCUUGGAGAUUCCAAAACCACUAGGUUUUCAGCAAAUUUAAAAGGAUAGUUUACUUAAAAAUGAAAUUGUCAAUAUUUACUCUAUUUUUUUGUGGAAUACAAAAUAAAUUUCUUCUUUAGUAAAAAUUCUUCUUUUGUGUUCCUCAAAACAGCACCACAAGGGCGAGUAAAUAAUGACCGCUUUGUGUUUUGAGUGAACUAAUUCUUUAAUGUGAAAUGAGAAGAUUUGUAUUCAGUAUUUCAGUAUUCUAUAUGCACCUUAAAAUUACCAAUGUAUUGGGAAUGUAAUUUUACAUUGUAAAAAUGCUCUGAUGUAAAGUUCAUGUAACUGCUCAAAUCAGUACCUUAAUUUAAAUACACUGAUAUAAGGAA